UUCAAAAUUGCAGGCGAAGAACAACACAUACACGAAAAAGAGAGAAGAAGCAAUUUCCCAAUAUACCAAAAGACAAAAAAUCCAGCAAAGAUUGUGUGAAUUGGAGGAAUUCGAGAAAAUUCAGCAACCGAUUCUCUGGUUCCCGGUAUAGUGGAAUCAGAGGAUCGUUUUCAUCGGAAGAAGGAAGUGUUUUUGUGUGUUUAUUUACUACCGGGAUGUGUAUUUAGAAUGUGUUUGUGUGUGGGGGAUGUAAUUUAUUGAGUGUUUUGAUGAUUGUGGAUUUGGUUUAGAGGGGAAAGGACGAGGGAAUUUGGGGGUUUGGGGGUUUUUGGUGGAUUGGAGAAUGGAGGGAAGUGGGGGGAGGAUGGAGGGAUGGCUUUAUUUGAUUCGUUACAAUCGAUUAGGUCUGCAGUAUUCGCGUAAGAGAUACUUUGUUCUUGAGGACAACGUGCUUAAGAGCUUCAAGUCGGUUCCGAAUUCGGAGAGUGAGGAACCUGUGAGGAGUGCUAUAGUAGACUCAUGGAUUCGCGUCGUAGAUAAUGGAAGAGAGCACCAUCAUAGGAGAUUGUUUUUCAUAUUCACUCUAUACAAUACUUCUAAUCAUGAUGAUGCGCUGAAGCUUGGAGCUGCCAGCUCUGAAGAAGCUGCGAAGUGGAUUCUUUCUUUACGAGAAGCUGUGGCUAAACCUACAGAAAAUCUCACAUCUAGCUCAAGGAGAGAAUACCAGCCUUUUAGGUUGAGUGGUUCAAAGAGAAUUGCAAAAAUGUGUAGCACCGAUAAUUUAACAUCUUCUCGGCGUGUGGAAGCAAUGACAUCUGAUGUACUUGCUCCUUCACCGUGGAAAAUCUUUGGCUGUAAAAAUGGUUUACGACUCUUCAAAGAAGCGAAAGACACAGAUUCCAACGGAAAGUACUGGGGUGACCAUCCAGCAGUAAUGGCAGUUGGGAUUGUCGAGGGAACUUCAGAAGCUGUUUUCCAUACACUUAUGUGCCUUGGAAACUCAAGAAUGGAAUGGGAUUUUUGUUUCUACAAAGGUUGUGUGAUUGAGCAUCUCGAUGGCCAUACUGAUAUAAUUCACAUUCAACUGUAUAACCAUUGGCUACCAUGGGCAAUGAGACGAAGAGACCUACUGCUACAACGUUAUUGGAGAAGAGAAGAUGAUGGCACAUAUGUUAUUCUCUACCAUUCUGUGUUCCACAAGUGGUGUCCACCUCGUAAAGGAUAUGUUCGCGCUUGCAUUAAAAGUGGUGGAUAUGUGAUAACUCCAACAAGACAAGUUAAAGAAUGUGUCGUGAAACAAAUGCUUGCUGUUGAUUGGGGGUUUUGGAAAUUCUCCCUUAGACAACCAUACGAAAGAUCUAUUACGAUCCGUAUGCUUGAAACUGUUGCGGCCUUAAGCGAGUUUUUCAAAAUGAAGGCCCGAAACACUAGCUGUGAAUUAGUAUCGGGAGAUCAGCCAAUAGACAUUGGAGUUCCAGAGGCUGAGAGUGAAGACAAAAGAACACAUACCAAACCGCAAGAUAAAGUACCAAUUCGGCUUUCCGGGGCUUCUAGUUUGUCUGUACUAAAUGAUGCAGAGGAUGAAUUUUUCGAUGUUCCUGAACCUUCGGACAAUGAUAUUUCAGAAAAUGGUUGGCCGUCAGAUAUAACACCAGAAUCCUGUUAUAUGGACAAUUCCCCACAAAAACUAUCAUCUGCCGCUUGCUUUGUCAAGAAAUUGCACGAUCUUGCCGUCCAGAAAAAGGGUUAUCUUGAUCUGCAAGAGGUAUCUCGGCAAGAAAGUGUAUUGCGCUGCUAUGGCUCCACACUUCCAAAAGAUGAGAGUUGUAACAUGCCGUGCAGCUGGGCGACAUCAGAUGCUUCUGCCUUCCUUGUCCGUGGUAAAAAUUAUCUAGAAGAUCGCCUAAAGAUCAAGGCAACGGGAACUUUGAUGCAGUUUGUAGCAGCAGAUUGGCUGAAAUCGGACAAGCGUGAAGAUGAUAUUUCUGGUCGAGAUGGAGGCAUCAUUCAGAAGUGUGCACAGAGGGGAGGACCAGAGUUCUUUUUUGUCAUCAACAUACAGGUUCCUGGCACAAGCACAUAUAGUUUAGUCCUUUACUACAUGCUUAAAUCUCCCUUGGAAGAAACACCUCUGUUGGAGCGUUUCGUCAAUGGUGACGAUGGUUUUAGAAAUUCAAGGUUCAAACUCAUACCUUACAUUUCCAAGGGAUCGUGGAUUGUAAAGCAGAGUGUGGGAAGAAAAGCAUGUUUGAUAGGUCAAGCACUCGAGAUCAACUAUUUUCGGGGGAAGAAUUACAUUGAGCUUGGUGUGGACAUUGGCUCGUCAACAGUGGCGAGGGGCGUUGUUAGCCUUGUUCUCGGGUACCUCGGCAAUCUCGUUAUUGAAAUGGCGUUUCUGAUACAGGGAAAUUCACCGGAGGAGCUACCGGAAUUCCUUUUGGGAACUUGCCGGCUAAAUCAUUUAGAUGCAACAAAGUCGAUUUCUACCGACUCGAUCACCAACAAAAGCAGCUAAAGAUCAUAAAAUCGGUACAAAAUCUCAAACUAGGAACAAAGGUUGAGCUUGAAAGGUAUUCAUGGUAUAGAAAAAUUUAUUGUUUUUUGAGGGGAACAAAAAAAAAUAAUAAUAAUUGAAAUCCAAUCUAUUGAAGGGGAAGUUUAGUUGGAAUUUUGGAGUUCUUGUAGUAAUUUUAGUUGUCAUUCUUCUUUUAUUGGGAUUGUUUGGGACAUUGGCUGUUGUUGCCUAUAAUUUGAAUUUGUACAGGUCAAUUUAAUUUAAUUGCAAAUAUUUAGAGUUUUCUUUUU